GUAAUCUGAUAUUUGCCUAAACGGAGGUAGGUAGGUAGGUGUGGGGAGAAGCUUCAUACAACUUUACUACAACUCGGAAACCAGGUGGAAUACCUAUGAUACCUACUAAGGAGUAGCGGUAUUGAAUUAACUGCCUAACUAACAACUAGGCUGUAAAUCGUCAAAUCCACUAUUCUUGGGAUUCGUUCACUUGAUAGGGGCAGCCCGAGCUUAGUCCCAACCCAACCAAGCCUUCAAGGACUCAAGAUGCGACUGUUAGACAUCCUAGGCACAUUGGCGAGUGUGCCGGGCCUCUUUACACUAGCAUCCGCGGCGAAGCAUUUCCAGAUCCCACCCCGUCCCGACGUCGUACCUAGCCCCUACAACGCCGGCCAGUCCAUGCCCAUCUCCCUACCCCGCGACCCGGACCGAUACUGCCAGGUCAAGCCCGUCCUCCCCCCACAACGAGACGACGCGCCAAGUAUCCUGCAAGCACUGCAGGAGUGCAACGACGGCGGCACCGUGGUGCUCGACGCGUCCUACCUGAUCGGCUCGCCGCUGGACCUCACGUUCCUCAAGCACGUCGACAUCGUUAUUACGGGGAACAUCGCCUUCGACGACGCGGAUGUGUACUACUGGGAUAGCCACAGUUUUAAAUACACGUUCCAGAACCAGAGCGUGUUUUGGAAGGUUGGGGGGGAGGAUGUGAAUAUUUACGGCGAUUUAGGCUUGGGCGAGGGCAGGAGUGUGGUUGAUGGGAGGGGGCAGGCGUAUUGGGAGGAGAUGAUGGUAAAUGAGAAUCUAUUCCGGCCUAUGCUCUUCGCCUUCGACGGGGUUAAGGGGGCGACUAUGUCGAACUUGCGGAUGCGCAAUCCGCCUAAUUGGUUUAAUAUUAUUGCAAAUAGUUCUGAUGUCAUAAUCAGUAACAUGGACCUUCGCGCCGAGUCACUUAAAGGAACCAAGAUCGCCAACUCAGAUGGGUGGGAUACAUAUCGUUCGGAUCGGGUAGUCAUACAGGACUCCUUCAUCCGCAACACUGACGACUGCGUGUCUUUCAAGCCAAACAGCACAAACAUCGUCGUCCAAAACCUAGAAUGCAUUGGGUCCCACGGCAUCAGCAUCGGCUCCAUCGGACAGUAUAAAGGGGAAACGGAUAUCGUGGAGAAUCUGCACAUCUACAACAUAUCCAUGACGAACGCCAGCGACUUCGCCAGGAUAAAGGUGUGGCCGGGCAUCGAAACCGACUUCCAGCCGCAUCUUGGGGGCGGCGGAGGGUCUGGUCAUGUUCGGAACGUCACGUUUGAUCUCUUGCACAGCGUUAACAAUGACAGAGCGAUUACUAUCACGCAGUGCUAUGGGCAGAAAAACGAGACGCUGUGUAACGAGUUUCCGGCCAACUUGACGAUCACAGAUGUCACAAUGAAGAACAUCUUUGGGACUACUUCCUCGAAGCUGGAUCCACUGGCAGGAACGCUUGUUUGCAGUGCUCCGGACCGAUGUAGCAACAUCAAGGUUGAAAAUAUCACGAUCUCGGUUCCAAGCGGAGAGGCGCCGGUUUAUGAGUGCAGGAAUAUGGAUAAUGGCAUUUUGCAGCUGACCUGUAUCCCAGAUGCUUAGGGAAGAGAGGGAAAGAGGGAAGUUUCGGAGGGCUAAGGGAAAGGCUGUUGUAGGUCGACUUGUGGAUGUUGGUAUACUAGGUCAUAGUAACGCUCAAAUAGCAUCUUUGCAAGAACAUACGAGACAAGAAAGAUGAC